CUGACUUUCAGGUGAGUGGGUGAGCUGCGGCUUCGAUGCAGACAACAGAUCUUCAAGAUGUUUUGGUUUAAACCUCAACUCCGUUCCCUCAGUGCUUUUGUUUUCCAUCACGCAGUUUUUCUUCUUCUGAUACGAUCUUGUGCAGGUCUGUCUCAGGUGAUUGUCCCAAUGCAACCAAUCGUGGUGACAAUUGGUGAUGACAUCAUUUUACCAUGUCACCUGGAACCUGCCACGGAUGCCGUUGCCAUGACAUGUGAGUGGUCAAGAUCUGACCUGAACCCACGAUUUGUCCAUGUGUGGCAUGAGCGUGAGGAACUUGUAAUAAACCAGCAUCCAUCCUACAAAGGAAGAACAUCACUGUCCACCAACAAACUGAAACUCGGAGACAUUUCACUGAAACUCUCAGGAGUGAAACUCUCUGAUAACGGAACAUACAAAUGCUUCAUUCCUGAGUUGAGGACAGAAUCCACUAUUAAGCUCGUUGUUGGUUUAGCGUCCUCACCUGUCAUUAAUUUAGCUGGGAAUGACAGAGACACAGGAGCAGUGGUGUUAGAGUGUGAGUCUAAAGGAUGGUAUCCAGAGCCUGAGGUGUUGUGGCUGGACGGUGAGGGAAACCUCCUCUCUGCUGGACCUACAGAGACAGUCAGAGGUCCUGAUGACCUCUAUACUGUCAGCAGCAGAGUGACUGUGGAGAAGAGACACAGCAACAGCUUCACCUGUAGAGUCCAACAGAACAACAUCAACCAGACCAGAGAAGCACACAUACAUGUUGAAGAUGAUUUCUUCAACAUCUGCUCUUCGUCUGCUCUUCACAUCACCAUUGGCUUGCUUGUUGUUGCCGUGGUUAUUACUGCAGCUGUCUGUGUUAUAUGGAAAUGGAGACAUAGCUUUUCAGACUUUUUGUGCAAAGACAUCAAGAGGCACUAUAAGGAUGAAAAUGAACAGGGAGGAGAGCAUCUUGUGGCAAAACGAAGGAAAAAGGUAAGACUUCAAAAAGAAAUAAAGUGCUGGAUAGAACAACUACAAGAGCAGCUGGAAGAAGACAAGAAAUUGAGUAGAGAGCUGGAAAAGAAGAUGAGGUCAGUGGAUGCAGAAGUAACAGAGAAGAUGGGAGAUAAGACUAAGAACAAAGCAGAUGGAUACUUAAAGCUGAAAACAAUCUUGACAGAUGUUAAACAUAAGUUGGAGGACCAACAGAUGGGACAUGAAAAACUCCUAAUGGAUGCAAAGAAAGCACUAGAGAUGAUAGAGGAGGGGUUUGACAUUAAAGAGGGUGGAGAGAAAGAACCAUCAGAGGUAAAUUCACUCAGAGAGUGUGAGAGCCCUCUGUUCACACUUGGAAAAAUGAAUCUGUGCGGCUUCUGCUUUGGGUUCUUGGUGUCAUUCCUUUACAGUCUACCAGGUCCCACAGGGCAGUUUCAGGUGAUUUGUCCAACUCAAACAAUUGUAGCCCUUCUUGGUGAUGAUGUCAUUCUACCAUGUCACCUUGAACCUCCCAUCAGUGCCAGUUCUGAGACAGUGGAGUGGACCAGACCUGGUGUCCAUCCAAAGUAUGUCCAUGUUCACCAAGAUGGACGACUGUUUUAUGAGAUUCAAAAUCCAUCUUAUGAUUUCCGAACGAGAAUGUUUGUGGAUGAAAUGGAACAUGGAAACGUCUCCAUGAAAAUCUUCAAAGUGAAACUGUCUGAUGAAGGAACAUACAGAUGUUUAAUUCCCUCAGUACAGAAAGAAGCUUCUGUCCAGCUCCUUGUUGGUGCAGUCUCCUCACCUACUAUCAGUUUAGCAGGACUUGAUAAAUCCAUCAGUGCAGUGGUGUUAGAGUGUGAGUCUAAAGGCUGGUAUCCAGAGCCUGAGAUGUUGUGGCUGGACGGUGAGGGAAACCUCCUCUCUGCUGGACCUACAGAGACAGUCAGAGGUCCUGAUGACCUCUAUACUGUCAGCAGCAGAGUGACUGUGGAGAAGAGACACAGCAACAGCUUCACCUGUAGAGUCCAACAGAACAAAACCAACCAGACCAGAGAGACAGAGAUUCAUGUUCCAGAUGAGUUCUUCGUGGCCCCAUCGUCUCCAUCUUGGGCUGCCUAUGUCAGCAUGAAUGCUGUUUUGGGUUUAAUGGUUAUUUCUGCGAUUUCCUUUUCUGUGUGGACAUGGAGCCAAAACAAAACCACGACUGAGGUGAAUGAACAGCUUGAAACUAGAAGAGUAAAGACGAACUCAUCCAGAAGGAACCAAACUCAGGUUUGGUUGAACACCAACAGAGAAAGUGAAAGAAAACCACUGACGAAGCCUCAGACGGAGCCAGCAGAGGCUGUGGAAGUCGGACUGAUUGGACAGAUCAUCAGUCCAUCACCGGGCCAACACACAGAGACAAACAACCAAUCACGCUCACAGGUGAUUUCGAGUCACCAGUUAACCUGCGUGUCUUUGGACGAUGGGAGGAAGCUGGAGAACCCGGAGAGAACCCCAACAUACAGAGGCCACACAGAGAAGUCCUGGACGAAUGAGAGCUCGAACCCAGAACUGGAGAUAGAGGCGGCAGUGCUAACCACUGCUCCACUGUGCCACCCACGUACAUCCACCCCCGACAGACAGGAAGUACCAACCACCAGCCGUGCUGUUCUGGAUCAGGUCAACCUGAGUCGCAAUUCUGUUCGUCUCAGAAAGAAGUCCAAAGAGAUGGUAAAUAUUGAGUUUCACACGACGAGUAGCAAAUACAAGUUUCCAGUGUCGACCAAGGAGGCUGGAAACAUGGUCACUUUCAGAGGUUCAGACGGAUCCAGGUUUCAAGUGGUGGAAAUGACAAUUCUCCAACGAAGGUCACCUGGAAAAAACUUAAAAACCCCGUUGGAGAGAUGAUGGAGGUGAGGACAGUUAGCUGUCGAUGGUGCUGAAGAUACAUGCUUCAACAAAUGAUGCUCAUGUCAACUAACAGAUGAAUUUGGUCUUUUUGAUAAUCCUUUAAUUUUUCCCGUCGCACCGUUAUCUGAUAAAUUCAUCAUUCAUCAUUUCGUUUAUGACCAAAUCUCUGCAAAAUGAAUGAGGAGUGUGAAGGUGUGGAAUCAUUAGCUCGCUUUGCUAAUCAAAUAUAAGGUUGAACUUGAAGGUCUUUUCAGUAUAAUAUUUAUAUACAGUAUACUCAUGUCAUUUAUUAUUGUUUUACAUUCUUUCAGAGUUACUUAUGAAAGGUACAACUUAUUUUUAGGUUCAAUCAAACGAUCAAAUGUGCAGAUGACAGAAACCAUCUUAUUACAUUCAUCUGUCUGCAGCUAAUGUUACUCUAAAGCUGCAGAGACGCUGACUAAUUUAUUAGAUUCAGUUACAUGUUUUUAAACUGCUACAGCUCAUCUGUUCUGUAAAUCACAUCAUGUACACUUUGAUUAGAAAACAAAAUCAGCAUCAGUAGAAAUCUCUGUUAAUGACAGCCUCAACAUUUAAUCCACUGUCAGUGUGUGUCCUUUAUCUGGUGAAGAGACUAACUUCCUGUGGUGUUGGUUGGCCGUCACAUGGACUUUGCCUUUUGUUUAUGUGUUUAUGAUCAGUGGUUUUUAUUUCUUACUGCCUGUCUCAUUACUCUGUUGUUUAUUUGUUAAUUUGUUGCAGAAUCAUCAGAUUAAAUGAAGUGUUUGUUAAUAAAGAGUGUA